AUGGCGCACCCACUACGCACGAUGCAUACUGUCACCGCAGCGUAUUGUGUGAUAGAGCUGACGUCUUCGCUGGGCCAGUCGAACCUGUCGACUGUCAUUUCACACCGUCCCCUGGAGCUAGCGCAUCUACUUGAGUCGUACAGUUCAGCGGUGGUCCAUCCGUUGACCUUAGCGUAUCGCCAGAUGAACCUUCUGGCCGAUCCCUUGCGUUGCCCGACCGAGUCGGCAUACUUGCGUGAGACAGAUUACUCAGGGGUAGGAGAAUCAAACAAGGACCAUCUGGCUGUUCUUACAUCCUGCGUUCUCGAACCUGGGUGUUCGCACCAUCUGUAUCACUCAGCCCUGACUAGUCGACCAAUUGUGACGAAUCACAUCCGUUUAUCGUGCCAAGCGGUCAAGCCGACCCCUUUAUCUACUCUUGUAGGCCUAUUGACUGUUUCUAUGCACUCCCUUCUCGAGGCAGCACACUGGCAGUGGUCGCACCACUUGGUAUCAGCACACACACUAAUUAAGACUCGUCCCGCUAGUACAUUGCACUGUGCAGACGAGUCGACAUCCUCAUACAACUGGCUGGAUCUCCGUGCAGUACCCACUUGUCAACUCCCUGAGCCAGCAUACCUGCAUGGGCUAUGCUGUUCGCCAGUAGCCCAUCUAUUGAUCUCGGCGCGUUUCACCAGGAUGACACGCCAGGCAUCUGAGCCAGAAUUCACGCAUGUCCACUCAGGUCCUCUAGCUGAUGCAGGUUACCAUCUUCUCGAGCCAGCUCUUUCAUAUGGCUCACACGUGGUUUGUACAUCGUCGGCAACGCAUCCCAUCAGAUCAGCGCAACGUACGGUCAAGCCGCCCUUCCACGACCAGUCGGAUCCACCGGUGGUUCCUGUCCACUGUCCUCUAGAUUUGGCAUGCACCAUGAUCCAUCAUGAAGUUGAGCUGUCAUCCCCAUUUGGUCUGUCAGAUUUCUCGGCAAUUCCUGCGCCAUAUUCCCUUGAGCAAGUACCUUCACGGGUAUGGACACAGCCAGAGCUCGAGUUGUCGCACAUGGAGCCACUACGAGCAUCACUGUCCAUGUCGUGUCCCAAAUCUCUCAAACGGAUAUACACCAUAUCGCUGUGCUUGGAAAUGACAGGCACGAUGCAAGCGCCGCCAUGGCACCAUCCUUGUGAGACGCAGUACCCACCGGAUGUGGUACACCCCACAUCGUGGCAGUCAUCAAGCGUGGUUUUCAUUCAGGUUGUGUGGUCAGCUACACGUCGGACCCGACCAAGAGUGGACCUAGGAAGAGCCCUUAUACCCCGUUGGUGGUCUCAGGUCAUCCCAAGCCUGGCAAAUUACGUGCCACGUGGUGUUGUGCGAAUUCAAGGCCAUGAUCAUCCACAUGGCAUUUAUAAGCAUGGCAACAGCAGCAUUAUGAUACAAGUUGCCUCCUUCCCUGCUGGAAGACUAAACGCUACACCGUGUUACCACAAGAACCCGAGCUCCGACAGAAAAACCGUCGCCAUGACUCGGCCCGAAAGCUCGCAGUGGCACCUCUUCCAGGCCAAUUGCCUAUGCAUCUCUGUGUCCUCAACUACUCCUAGGUCCACAGCCGCAUCGUCAGAUCAGUCAAAUCCGAUCGUCCUACCACACCCUCUGAGAUGGUCAAAUCAUCUGAUCAAACGAGGGAAUCCGCUUCCCAGCCCGGUCCAUUCUGUCUUCCCAGUAUCAUACUGUGUGGUUGGUCUAUCUCGACUAACUUCCGAACCCAUGCAGUCCUUCCGCGUCCUUGCACACUCACCCUCCAUUCAGUCACGUCGGUCCAGUGUAGGUGAAGAGGAGUUGAGCCCUCGAGAUUCAAUGACCGGGUUCUCAGAAAACCAGUCCCUCCGCCAGAGGACCGCCCCAAAAGGGACUUGCAUUAAACAAGUCGUCGGCAAGGUCCUAUCGUCAUACUCGUUAAAUACAGAGGACGAAAGAUUCAACUUGGCAUCAGUGGCUGGGAUGGGAGUUAAAGCCCACAGCGUGGUCAUGGUAUAUCGGAAGCUGCCGAUAACAAUUCUCGACAGCGACCUCCAUGCCUCUGGUUGUGGAGGGGAACUAUCCGUACCUGCAACUGACUUCAGUUCGGUUGGCUACCCUCGAUCUGCCAACCAAAUACUACCGGCUAUCCGGAUCCGACUCAUCGAGUUCCAAGCUGUCGAUCGUCACCCUCUCAGGGAUCUCAGGGAGGCUAAUCCCUUACGUUUUCAUGUCUCUAUUACGACCAGUUCCAAGCCAUCGAUCGUCACCCCCUCAGGGAUCCCAGGGAGGGAGUCUACUAGCCACAGCUUGUUUCCCCAUACGCCAUGCCCGCACUGGUCGUUCCACCACGUAGACUCAAUGAAGCGGGCUAGUCGACGCACGCGUUGUGCCCAAGGAUCUCCUAUCGGAUUGAACUUCGACCUCGAUCGUGGUGCCUAUGAUGGAAGGCUCACUCGCAAGCUAAUAGAGGCCUACAGUUUGGAGCCUCGGCUAUGGCACACCCUCAAUGCGCUGGUCUCUCGAGACCCCACGUCUCCUGGAGAGGAUUGUCUGCUCUCGUUACUGCUGUCUGCAAACUCGCAGUGUUUGGUCAUACCGGCUGCGAACCGUGCCAAGAACGGUGUCUCUGAUCGCUACAGCGCCCCUGCAGGUCGUCGCUCAUAUGCAACGUUUGUAAUAUUCGCAUGGAGCACAAGUACAAGGGAUGACACCUUAACCUGGAUCGUCCUGGAUGCCGUCCCGGGUGCUACUGUUGACUCAAGCCGGAGAUGGUUCCCUCCCCAGCGGACGCAACGGUUUCGACUGUUAGGAUGCCAAACAACCUCACCACAGCCGCCCAGGUUCAGGCCGUGGCUGAGUACCAUGGACAACGGACCCAAGCAGCUGGGCUCAGUCAGCACUGCCAUGGAACUAUGGACACUUUUGGCUGCUACCCCAGGGUCAGCCUUGUUGCCUGUGGUUUCAAAACCGCAUGGUCCCAAAGCUACUUCAACACCCGGUGGCCCCGGAAGUUCCACUACCCAGCAACACCGACCCCAACAGGAUCACCCACCUUAUUACACCCUCGGUGGUGUCCAUCACUACGCCGCGAUGAUCUCUAGGAUAGACCCAACUCCCGGGUUGGACACCAGGUACCGCGCCACCCUGAUGACUCAAGGUGGACUACCAGUGGGAAAACGGCUGCCGAAGAGCAUGGGGAAAAACUAA